UUUUUUUAUGUUGUUGCAGAGUCUUUUGAUAAAAUCUGGCUGAGAGUAUCAGUAUCUAACCCAUAGAUCUUGAGAUAUGGAUAAAUUACAGUGGGGAAACAGAAAAAGACUUAGGUGUUUUAAGGUGAAAGAUUCAACUUCAAAUGGGAAAUCUGAUGGAGGAAGAAGUCUUGUGGUGAAGAAGAAAAUUACAUCUAGAGUUGUUGAUAAUAACAAGGAAUCUGGUCAUCUUCCUCUUCAUGUGUCUUCUCCUCAUAGGCUUAACAGGGAUUUAGGUGUGAAUAGUUCUAACGCAAAUGAGCAUCGUAAGAUAUUAGUGUCAUCCCCUGAGAAGGAGGACCGGUAUUAUACGACGAGAGGGUCGGUAGGCGUGGACGAUAGUAGCAAGUUGUUCAUGGAAGCAAGGGAGGAAAAGAAAAAGAUGGUUUGGCCAAAAUUGGUCAUCACAUUGUCAAGUAAAGAAAAAGAAGAAGAUUUUAUGGCAAUGAAAGGUUGCAAGCUUCCUCAAAGGCCUAAGAAAAGGGCUAAGUUGACACAAAGAACCAUUCUUUUGGUGCAACCAGGUACAUGGUUGCAAGAUUUGUGCCAAGAAAGGUAUGAAGUGAGAGAGAAGAAGACCUCUAAGAAGAAACCAAGAGGAUUGAAAGCUAUGGGAAGCAUGGAAAGUGAUUCAGAGUGAAAAUGUGGUGAAGAUAAGAGGAGGAAAGAAAAUUGUGUAGUUUGGCAUAUUAAUAGUAUAUUUUGCUUUUUUAAUUUUAGCUUCAUCUUUGGAAAAUGAAUACUUUUUUUAGGGGUUCUUAUUUUAUAGCAUAUAAAUGUUCAAUGAUGUUAUCCUUUAUUUAGCUUUUCCUUUUUUU